UUGUAAAGAUUUAGUUUAGGAAGAAAAAAAAAGAGGUUUUGGAUUCUGGGUAUUCUAGUUUUCUACUUAAAACCUCAACAUUCACAGCUGGGCAUCUCCCAAAUCACACUAUUUCUCGUUAUUUUUCACUUUCAAGCUCAAAAGACAACGUUUUAGGAUAUGGGUAUGCUACAUCAAAGACAAAUAUUUAUGGUUCAGAGAGGUGUAGUGUUCCGCAGUCGAGUGUGAAAUGCAUGGUUACAGCUUCUAGGUGGGUGUUUUGAAGAAGAGAGUUUCUGGGGUUUCAUUUUGUGGUGGUCUCGUCUGCUUCGAUUGAGCUUCUUCCAUUUGUUUAGUACUCAACCACCAUUGAGCCCUCCACCUCUGUCGUAAGAAUGUCAGCUAAUGAUUGGAAACGUUUACAGUUUAUUUUGUGCAGGAAUCAUUGACAGCUUUGCUGAGGGUUUCGAAAGAGAAAAGCUUGAAGCUUUAUUAGCAGGGGAAGAGGAUACUUGCUCAUGUUACUUAGAGCCAUAUUGUGUAGUGAAAGAUCCCCAGACUAAAUAUGAGGUGUCAGCCAUUGAUUUUGUUCUUAUCAGCUUUCUCAUAUAGGAAUGUAGACUACUCAAACACCCUUUGUCUUUCUCAAGUCUCAAUGCACCAUGGUCUUCGCUCCCUGUUUCUGCUUCUUGAUAUCCCAAAACCUCAAAGCCAUUGUUGUUUUGUUCACCGUCAAUACUCAUCUCAGUCUCAGUCUCAUCAUUUUCCAUUACAUUUGAGCUUGUUUUCCCUCGUUGAACCGCUACUCUUUCAAAACCCGCCUGAGAUAUCCUCGUUUGCAGCUGUUUUCAAUUUCCUCACUGGUCGAAGCUUGUUGCGAUUGGGUCGUCAAGUCCAUGCUCAGAUGACCCUGCAAUUGCUUGAGCCUAAUGCUUUUCUCGGAGCCAAGAUGAUCGCAAUGUAUGCAAGUUCUGGUGAUCUUGACUCUGCUGUUACUAUAUUUGAUCGUAUUAAUAACCCUUCUUUGCUUUUGUAUAAUUCGAUUAUUCGAGCUUAUAGUUUGUAUGGGUAUCCUCAUAAAACUAUUGGGAUUUAUACUCAAAUGCAAUCUUUAGGCCUAAAAGGUGAUCAUUUUACUUACCCUUUUGUGCUGAAGUGUUGCGCAUCAAAUGUUAGGAUGGGGAAAUGUAUUCAUGGGAUAAGUUUGAGAAUUGGGUUGGAGAUAGAUAUGUAUGUGGGAACUUCUUUGAUAGAUAUGUAUGUCAAGUGUGGUGAAAUUAGUGAAGCCCACAAGCUGUUCGAUGAAAUGACUGUAAGAGACGUUUCAUCUUGGAACGCACUAAUUGCAGGUUACAUGAAGAAUGGAGAGAUUCAUGUUGCAGAGGAUUUAUUUAGGAGAAUGGUGCAGAAGAAUAUCAUUUCUUGGACUGCUAUGAUUUCGGGAUACACUCAGAAUGGGUUUGCAGAGAGAGCAUUGGUUGUAUUUGAUAAGAUGAUGGAAGAGCAUUCAGAGGUGAAGCCUAAUUGGGUAACAAUAAUGAGUGUUCUUCCUGCAUGUGCACAUUCAGCAGCACUGGAGCGUGGGAGAAAGAUUCACAAGUUUGCAAAUGAAAUUGGGCUGGCUUCUAAUGUCUCUGUGCAGACAGCUCUGGUUGCAAUGUAUGCUAAAUGUGGGAGUCUUAUAGAAGCUCGCCAAUGUUUCGAUAAGAUACAUCAACAACAAAAGAAUUUGAUUGCUUGGAAUACGAUGAUUACAACUUAUGCUUCCCAUGGCCGUGGUUUGGAGUCUGUAUCCACUUUCGAGGACAUGAUCAAAGCUGGGGUUCAACCUGAUACCAUCACAUUUACAGGAUUGUUAUCAGGAUGCAGCCAUUCUGGUCUUGUUGAUCUGGGUUUAAAAUACUUCUAUUCUAUGAAGAAAUCAUAUUCUGUAGAACCAGAAGUUCAGCACUAUGCUUGUGUUGUCGAUCUUUUAGGUCGUGCAGGGCGAUUGGUUGAAGCAAGCAACCUUAUUAAUCAAAUGCCAAUGCAAGCAGGACCGAGCGUAUGGGGUGCCUUGUUAGCUGCUUGUCGGAAACACCGCAAUUUGGAAUUGGCCGAGGUUGCAGCUAAAAAGUUGUUUGUUAUAGAACCAGAUAACAGUGCCAAUUUUGUCCUGCUCUCCAAUAUGUUUGCUGAAGUUGGCAUGUGGAAAGAAGUGGACAAUCUAAGAGCUAUGCUAAAAAGUCGAGGCAUGAGGAAGACUCCUGGAUGUAGCUGGAUUGAAGUCAACGGGAAAGCUCAUAUGUUUCUUGGUGGAGAUACUUCUCAUCCUCAGGCAAAGGAAAUUUACAUGUUCUUGGAAGAAUUGCCUGAGAAAAUUAAGGGAGUUGGAUACGUACCUGACACUAGUCUUGUUUUGCAUGAUGUUAGUGAAGAGGAGAAAGAACAUAAUCUUAGUGCCCAUAGUGAAAAGCUUGCCAUUGCUUUUGGCCUUCUAAAUACUAGUCCUGGUGUUGUUCUUCGUGUAACCAAGAACCUUCGCAUUUGUGUUGAUUGUCACACAGCCACCAAGUUCAUUUCCAAAAUCUAUGGCCGGGAGAUCAUUGUAAGAGAUGUGAACCGAUUCCAUCACUUCUUGGAUGGAAAAUGUUCUUGUGGAGAUUAUUGGUGAUCAACAUGUUGGGGAAAAUAGAAUUUUUUUUGUACUAUUAGGGUGAUACGACUACAUUUUUUCUACAAUCAUAUACUAACUUGGAUCGUAGAUGAAUACCUUAUGAUGUGAUUUGUUCAGUGUGGUUCGGCCAA